GCUGACUCUGACUAGCAUACACUGCCACGAGAUGAUCGCGGUGAUCGAGGCAACAUCGUGGCACUGGAUUGACUCGGACGAUGCAAGGCACAGGAUAAGUCAGCACGAACGAAUACUAGCAGUCAUAUAUCACUUUCAACCAAUUGCAAAAGUAAAGUCUUCUGGGUACUUUACUCAAGUCUCUGGCAUUUCACUGUGACCGCCACAGUAAUUUGCCUUCGAGUCGCUCGUUGUUGCUGCCAAUGAGUACGAUGGAUGUUCCAAUUGAGAUAUUCGCACACAUCAUCGAGCUUGUCAUCGAUCGCCGUGAUCUGUGUUCGAUUUGUCUGGCGUCCCACACCCUCAAUGCGAUAGCAACGCCGCUCCUAUACCACACCCUCGACUCCCGCACAAUCUCACGCAACCACAAUACCUUCCUUUGCCAUCCUUCUUCCACUCUCCUCAGAAAACCACACCUAGCAAAGCAUGUUCGUCAUGUCACAGAAACCGACAAUGACCAGUCUCCGUCUCAUGCCAUCCAUAACAUCAUCACCAUUCUCUCCUCCCUCCCUCUCCGUGCCCUCACCAUCCGCACCCGCGCAGACCUCGGGCAACACGUGUGGAAGCGCAUCUCAGACUUCAAAAACCUUCAGUCGGUCGCCGUCUGGUCUAUGGAAGGCCCUCCUCGCGUAUUGCAAGGCUGGGCAGAACACCUUUCACACUCCCUCACGCACCUUGAACUUGGCCGCUGUGCAGGCGUGCCUCCCUCGAUCCUUAUAUCCAUAUUUUCUCACCUGCCCCUUCUCACCUCCCUCCUCUUAAAGGGGGCAAAUUCAUCCUCCAUCCCUCCUAUCCUCGCUCUUCUUCCAAACCUCGUAUUUCUCGAUACAGACUUUCUCCCCACUUCCCUCUCCAGAUCACCUUUCACGGUAUCUCCUAUCCCACCCCGACUUACCCAUCUCACAAUUCGUACAGGCUCUGUAGACCUCCUAGGCCCUCAAAAUCUCUGGUGGUGGAUUAGCAAUCUUGUUCCACACAAGAACACUCUCCAUUCCUUCACACUGAACGCGUUCACGGUUCAAGGAGCCAUCCACGUCCCGCGUGGAUUCCUCCUGGAUCUUGCCAAAACUCACUCUUUGACCCUCUCCCAUUUCGUUGUCGGCGUCGCUCAGCUCGCUUUACCAGAUCUCUCUGCCCUUUGCUACCACUGCACCGAAAUCCAAACCAUCGGCUGCGGUGUCGCUAGCCCAGAUGUGUCCUCUAUCGCCCGCGCCACAGCCAGCGCACACAACCUUCGUACUCUCAAGCUCCAUGUUCGAUGGAUGCCACAAGUAGCUUCUACUCCCUCCCACAAGGACGAGGAGGAGGAGGAGGAGGCAUCCCUCACAGACGAUACCAACCCAGCCCCUUUUCACGAUAACCACAUGCAUCAGCCCAGUCCACUUCCCGCCCUUUCUCUCCCGUCUACUCCGACAGCUUCUUCUCCCGGUACAUUAGAGUUAAAUUCCAGUCAUCCACGCCCUUCUGGUGACCUCCAUCCACCUGUUCUUUCCUGGCCCCGCUUUGACACUCUCCUAUCGAGUGACGGCCUGAUGCUUUCUAAUUCCUUACAGCGCUUUAAUUACAAUUUCCCUGUAAACCAGUUCCAUUUUCCUGUUCACCGCCAAUCUCCCGCAUCUACUUCCUCGCACGACACCGAUUCGCAUACCCUCGCCGAUGUACGCGCACUUAUGCUCCGCCCUGACUCGUCACUAAGAACAGUAGGAAUGGGGGAGGAAAUCUAUACGGGUCGAUGGGUACUAAAAACAGAUGCUGGACAGGGGUCUGAGAUCGUGUUCGAAGUCGAGAGGGACCUCGAUCAUGAGCGGUGAGGUUGAGGUGUUUGACUAGGAGUGGUUCGAGCACCCCCUGACUUGCUGGGGGGAAGUACCACACACAUACAUUGAACGGACAGUACAACGACGAGCCGUAAGAGGUGAUGGUGGAUCUGUAACAAGAGGUGCUGUCGUGUUAUUCGUAUUAUAUACAUGGACUUGUUUACUCCUGUCAUUGCUUAAGAUCUGCGUUGCCAUUUAUGUGCACGCAGCGAUCCUCCUAAUUUAUUGAUCUUUCAACACCAGU